AUGGCCGGCGAGGAGAAGGACAUCCCCAGGGUGCUCCUCAACGGGCGCCGCGUCACCGAGGCAGUGCCGAUCCAACACCAGGAUCGGCUCAUCCUCGGCCACGCCGGGGCCUUUCGCGUAGCCGUGCCCCUCACGGCAUCUGAGCUGCGGGCAGCGGACUCCACCGCAGUGAAGGAGGGAGGUACACAUGCUGACAGCCAAGCAGAACUUGACCAGGCCGUGGCCGAGAUCGAGGACUCGUCGAGCCAAAGUUUCCAGCAUUUGCGGAAGUUCGUCGAGGACCUCGAGAAGUGCGCUGGCACGGACUGCGCGCGGACCUUUGUUCGCGAGCUCCACCGUGCGGUUCCCCUGGUUGAUGAGGCCAACCAGAUCACUCGCGAAGUGGGUGUUGACAGCUACUUUGAGCUCCAGGUGCUCACGGACCUCUGGGACGCCGAGACCAACCUUCCGGAGCUGGUGGUGGCGGUACUGAACAACGCGGGCCUCAGGCGGACGCCAACUCCACCCUCCAUCGCACAGGGCCCCUCCGAGUCCAACGGCUUGAAGGGCCUCUGGCAACCGAAGCGGCGAGGCCGCGGCGACCUCAAGUUCGUGUGGACGUUCGGGAAGUUUCUGAGCAGGUUGCAGUCGAUGCGCGACCUCUACGAGGAGUCGGGAGGCCGGGCCAUACUCCGGCAGAUCGAGAACGAGCCGUUCUCCAACCCCUGGCGCGAGUUUGAAGAGCAGGAGGUGCGGAUGCUCAUGCUAGCGCUGAAGCCGACGAACCUCGGGGAGGCCCGCAGUACCAUCCCGGCCUCUCCGGCGACCGAGGCGCGGCUGAUGCUCCACGGCCUCAAGUCCGGGAACUUCGGCAUCGCCUCGCACAGCGCCGCCUCCCUGGCGCUGGUUGGCUCGGGGGGCAACGCCCCCUCGCCAAUGAAGCGUGCUCGGGAAGUCGAAGCUCUGGACGCCAAGUCCGACGAGCUUCUGGCUAAGAGCCAGUUCCUGUUGGACGAUGCCAGUGCACUCCUGCAAGAUCCGCCGCGAUUCGUGGGCCACGCCAAGAGCAACCGGUCCACCAUUCUUGAAGGACUUGACCCAGAGGAGCAGCACCGUUUGGAGGAACUUGAGCAUCAGGUCGAGGAGGGCAUGAAGAAGUUUCAGCUGUACAUGGGGCGACGGCACAAUCCUUCUGGCGCGUCAAGUUGGCUCGGUGGUGCAACCACGGGCUCCGCCUCCCCGACGCCGAAAGCGGCGUGCAUGUCCGCCAAGAUGUCCGAGGUCGCGAGGCCGGGACCUGCGACAAGCGACUCCACAGGAAGGCCCCGAGAGGCCCAAGGCUCCGCGAGCUCGAGCUUUUCGGAGGGGCUGUCCUGGGGCAUCGAGGAAGCGCUCGCAGACAACGCAGGGGCUCCGCCCACCAUCGAGGAUGCGCGAUCCUUGAAGGAGGCCCUCCAUGCUGAGAACUCCCUUCUCGAGCGCGAGGUUGAACGCCAGCGUGCGGAAAUCGAGGAGUUGAAGUCUCGACCACGGGCGCCGCAGACUCCACUGCUGCAGACUCCGGUGAUGGAGCCGCGCACCAUGGAGGAGCCCCGUACGCUGUCGGAGCCACGCACCGUGCACCGAGUAGUUCCACCAGCCGCUCUGCUCGCAGCGCCCCGGCUUUCUACACCCGGGGCUGGGCCAGCCUCAGCCACGCUCUCUGCCCCAACGCCGCCCAGGAGUGGCCCUGUGGCAACUGGCUGCAUUUCUCCCCGCUUUACACCCAUCUCGACGACGGUGUCUCGAACACCGGCCACACCCCAGGCAGCGGCCCGAAGCAUAUGA